GCAAGCCAAAAUUUGAGGGAUUUUUAUCUCUCUCUGUUUUCUUUUUUUUAAUUUAAAUCAUCAUUCCGUUCCCCCCAUCUCCGCGUCCCACGGUUUCGUAUUCGCGAAAAAAUCUUACCCGCCAGCGAGCGCGCGGCCGUGGCGGCGAUCGCAUUGGCGGCGACGCGGCGAGCUCCAAUCCCCUCCUAUGGCGGAGGGGGAGGGCUCCUCUUCCAGGAGGUGGGCGUUGGGCGAUCCGGAUGUCGUCGAGGUGUCGCCGGAGGCGGCGGCGGCGGCGCGUUGGAGCUCCGCGCGCCUGAAGCGGAAGCGCACGACUGUUGCUCACGAAAUAAUUGAUCUCGACGCCAAUGAUGAUCCUGAUGGAGUUAUGAUAAUUUGUGAGAAGGCGUCGAGUCACAAGAGUAAUCAUUCUGUUAGUCAUCCUUCGGAUUGGCCAAAGCAUCCAAAGAGUGGCUUGGCUGAGGAUGUUCCUGGUCCAAGCCAUCAACCUGGCACGAGCACAGUUCUACCAUGGGGAUGCACAACUCCUGGGAGACCACGGAAGCAUAAGGAAAUUAAAACCGUGGAUAAUAAAAUUGAUGAGAAGUAUAAGGCAUUUAAGCAGUUUGAUACUGUUACCGACCACAGUGAUCACUAUUAUUCAAUGUCAGGCAAAGGGAAUGUUCCUGAAGUCAAGAAGCCAUCCAAGGACUGGGUGAGGCGGAUUCAACAUGAAUGGAAAGUUCUGGAGAAAGAUUUGCCAGGUACAAUUUUUGUACGAGUUUAUGAGGAUAGGAUGGAACUACUUAGGGCUGUCAUUGUUGGACCGGCAGGCACUCCUUACCAUGAUGGACUUUUCUUUUUCGAUGUAUAUUUCCCUUCCCAGUAUCCCAAGAAACCUCCACUAGUGAACUACCGCUCGGGAGGGUUGCGGCUUAAUCCAAAUCUCUAUGAUAGCGGGAAAGUCUGUCUUAGCCUAUUGAACACUUGGUCUGGGCAUGGGUGUGAGAAGUGGAACCCAUCCAAUUCAACCAUGCUGCAGGUCCUAGUCUCCAUUCAGGCCUUGGUGUUGAAUGCGAAACCUUAUUUUAAUGAACCUGGUUAUGCAGCUUCUGCUAACACACCCCAGGGGGAGAAAAUGUCCAUGGCUUAUAAUGAAUCGACAUUUCUCCUAUCCUGCAGAACAAUGCUGUAUUCUCUUCGGAAUCCACCGAAGCAUUUUGAAGACUUCGCAAGGGUUCAUUUUUGCAAGUACGGGCGCAAUAUCCUCGUAGGAUGCAAGGCCUACAUGAAUGGUGCCCAAGUUGGAUGCCUUGCAGGAAACGGAGUGCAGGAUGUUGAUGAAGGCGACAAAAGCUGCUCAGCGAACUUCAAAGGCUCCUUGAAGACGUUAUUUGAUGAACUCAUCAAGGAAUUUACCCGGAUAGGAGUUCAUUGCCAUGAAUUCCAGCCUCAGAGGGUGAAUCCUGGGUCUACCAGAGCCAAGGCGGACACCACAUUGAGGCUAUGAUAAUAGUAACGAUAGGUGGUCAACAUGAGGUUGACAAUUUUUUUUUUGUUUCUUGGGGAUCAGAGAUAUAGUUGUUGGUGCUAUCCUCAGAAAUCAGGAGGAUAGGAGGGCAAAAGGCCUGCAUCAGAUCAUGUCCAAUUAUCUAAACCAUCAUGCGGUUAGUUGGUUUUUGUGUAUAUCCCUGUUAAACAUGUGGGUUCUAUUCAUCUAAGAACAGUAGUUUACCACAUUCAUCAAA